AUGGCCAAGUGGUUUCGGUUCCUCAAGCGCGAUCAAUCCCUUUCUGUGUAUUUCUUUGCUGUGCCCCGUCUCAGCCUGAACAUAAUGGGCUAUUGGCCAGAAAGGUCGGGCGACAGGCUGCCCUUGAGAUGCAUCGUUAACUUCGUGAUCCUGGCCAUUGGCGUCAUCACCGAACUGCAUGCAGGACUACGUUUCCUGGACCAACAGCAGAUCACCUUGGCAUUGGAGACCCUCUGUCCGGCGGGCACUUCGGCGGUCACGCUGCUCAAGAUGUUCCUCAUGCUGCGCUAUCGCCAGGAUCUGUGGGCCAUGUGGACGCGCCUGAGGAGCCUGCUCUUCGAUCUCAGGCCGGAGCUGCCGAAUCAGCGGCAAAUCCGGCUGAAACACUCCGUCAUGGCGGCCCGCAUCAACUUCUGGCCACUGUCCACCGGAUUUUUUACUUGCACCACCUACAACCUGAAACCCAUCCUCAUCGCCUUGGUCCUGUACCUCCAGAAUCGAGACGACGAUUUCGCCUGGUUCACACCCUUCAAUAUGACCAUGCCAGAAGCUCUUCUGCGAUCACCAUUUUUUCCCCUGACCUAUAUAUUCAUUGCCUACACGGGCUAUGUUACCAUCUUUAUGUUCGGAGGCUGUGAUGGUUUCUAUUUCGAGUUCUGUGCCCACUUGUCGGCUCUUUUUGAAGUGCUGCAGUCGGAGAUACGAUCCAUUUUCAAGCCCUACAAAGAUCACUUGGAGCUUUCGCCAGUGCAGCUGUAUCAUUUGGAGGAGCGAAUGCGGGCAGUGAUCAUCAGGCACAAUGACAUUCUCAAUCUGACCAUGUUUUUCCGGGAGCGCUAUGUGAUUAUCACCUUGGCGCACUUUGUGUCCGCUGGCAUGGUGAUUGGUUUCAGCAUGGUCAAUCUUCUGGCCGUGAGCAACAAUGGUCUGGGAGCCCUUCUUUAUGUGGCCUAUACGAUCGCAGCCCUGAGCCAACUGCUGGUUUAUUGCUAUGGCGGAACUCUGGUGGCCGAAAGUAGUGCGGAACUGAGCCAAGUGAUGUUCUCCUGUCCCUGGCAAUUGUUUAGGCCUCAACAGCGACGCCUGGUUCUCUUUCUGAUCAUGCGAUCCCAGCGGCCCAUGUCCAUGGCAGUGCCCUUCUUUUCACCUUCACUGGCCACCUUUGCCUCGAUUCUUCAGACUUCGGGCUCCAUUAUAGCCUUGGUUACAUCCUUUCAGUAG